CUUAUGAUCUACCUACCUACCGUCUGAAGAACUCGGAAGACCAAAGGAUCAAGGAAACUACCUAGAGUCAACUCACGAAGGUGUUAAAGGGAAGAGACUCGGCGUCCACCAGCAAGUGGGUCGGCACCAUGCCCCGUUCACCUAACAGCGACGAGUGUCUUGGCGAAUGUACCGCGUGCCGUGAGCCAAAAGAGGUAUUGUGGCAAGUCCCGUGCGGGUGCUGGUACUGCAGGGACUGCCUGCGCCGGCUAGUCGAGAUUUCAGCGCUCGACCGGUUCCUGUGGCCGCCAUCAUGCUGCAAGAUUGAGCUGGACGAGGCGUCCAUCGCCGAGCUCGACGACGACAAGCUUCUCGACCGGUAUAGCACUGUACGAGACGAGAUGAGCACCAUGAGGGGGAGGCCUGACGACACCCGCCACUGCUGGAAGCCGUCCUGCCACGCCGAGCUUGCCGAGGACGCCGGGAUCGAGGGCAGCAACGCGAUAGUUUGUUACGAAUGCGGCGCCCUCACCUGCACCAACUGCGGCAGGGAACACCACCCAAACGAGCUAGCUUGCAGGGCGUCCAGCAUAGACGAGGAUCUGAGGGAGGCCAUAGGCGACAACUGGCAGGCCUGCGAGAUGUGUGGGUGGAUUCUUACCCGAGAAGAAGGCUGUAAUCGUAUAAGGUGUCUCUGCGGCAAUGAGUUCUGCUAGUUAUGUGGUCUGCCCUGGAAAACCUGCACAUGCCCUCCCGGCGACGAAUACGCCCUCGACUAAAAACACCAGGUGGCUCGGUCCGGUGACAAUGUCAUCCUAUGUCAACAACACCCCCCGGGUGCCUCCCGUGUCGACGAUAAAUUCCCCUCUACCCUAUCUGCCAUCACUCUGUUUACUGAACAUUGAGCUCGGCCGGUGUGUACAAUGCACUUGACCAAAAUGCUCGGCUCCUU